AUGUUUUUGGUACAUCAGGCGACACCAUUUAUAGCGGGGGUUGCAGUAGCUGCAACUGCACUUGCUGGUAGAUAUGGAAUCCAAGCAUGGCAAGCAUUCAAGGCAAGACCACCAAGGCCCAAAAUCAAGAAAUUCUACGAAGGCGGUUUCCAACCUACAAUGACAAGAAGGGAAGCUGCUCUUAUUCUUGGCAUCAGGGAGAAUGUAGCAGCAGAGAAGGUGAAAGAAGCACACAGGAAGGUAAUGGUUGCAAACCAUCCAGAUGCAGGUGGUAGCCAUUUCCUGGCUUCUAAGAUCAAUGAAGCUAAAGACGUGAUGCUCGGCAAAACCAAAAGCGGCAGUUCCCCUUUUUGA